ACGCCAGCCAGUAAAUUCGCUGCGAGUCACGUCAGGGACUUCGCUACGUUGGUUUAUAGCCAAAUUCCAAUCCCAAUCUCAAUCUCAAUCCCUGUCCCUAUUCCUAUUCCUAUGGAGACUACACUACUAUAGUUUGCUCUAGAUCGAUCUUCUAUCCAGGGCGGGGUGGGCAGAGCCAUGGAGAUUUCCCAAGGCCAUCAGCAAUCCCAUGAAAAUAGAUUUGCACUUCCGGUGGACUCCGAACACAAGGCCACCGAAUUCCGGCUAUUUUCAGCGGCUGCACCUCAUAUGCGGGCUUUUCACCUUUCUUGGCUUUCCUUCUUCGCCUGCUUCGUCUCCUCUUUCGCCGCCCCACCCCUGCUCCCAAUCAUCAGGGACGAUCUCGAUCUCACUGCCACCGAUAUUGCCAACGCCGGAGUCGCCGCCGUUUCCGGUGCAGUCUUCGCUCGGAUUGCCAUGGGCACCGCCUGUGAUUUGUUCGGCCCACGCCUUGCUUCCUCUGCUCUAUCUUUACUCACUGCACCCGCCGUUUACUGCACUUCUAUUGCCAAUUCCCCUGCCUCCUUCCUCCUCGUCCGCUUUUUCACAGGCUUCUCCCUCGCUACAUUUGUGUCCACCCAAUUCUGGGUCACCUCCUUGUUCUCCUCCCGAGUUGUUGGCACAGCUAAUGGCCUCGCCGGUGGCUGGGGCAACCUAGGCGGUGGUGCAACGCAGCUCAUCAUGCCUCUCGUCUUUGACCUCAUCCUCCGCAUUGAUGCUGCCGCUGUCAAAUUUACAGCCUGGAGGAUUGCCUUUUUCAUUCCGGCCCUCUUUCAGACUCUGACUGCAUAUGCCGUCUUCUUUCUCGGGCAAGAUUUGCCGGACGGCAACUACUCACAGCUCCACAAGUCAGGGGACAAGUACCGGGACAAUUUCGCGCAGAUUUUCCAUCACGGCGUGGUCAAUUAUAGAGGUUGGGUCCUGGCAUUGACUUAUGGGUAUUGCUUCGGGGUCGAGCUCACAAUAGACAAUAUCAUCGCACAGUACUUCUAUGAUAGGUUCGAUGUGAAGCUUCACACAGCGGGGAUGAUUGCAGCUAGCUUUGGAUUGGCAAACAUAUUCUCAAGGCCUGCGGGAGGGGUGUUGUCUGAUUUUGUGGCCAAAAGGUACGGAAUGAGAGGAAGGCUGUGGGCACUUUGGAUUGUCCAGAGCCUGGGGGGAGUCUUCUGCAUCCUGCUGGGGAAAGUUGGGUCCUUGAGCGCCUCGGUUGCUGUGAUGAUCGUGUUCUCCAUCUUUGUGCAAGCUGCUUGUGGCCUUACCUUUGGCAUCGUCCCUUUUGUUUCGCGAAGGUCUCUUGGGAUUAUAAAUGGGAUGACCGGUGGCGGUGGGAGUGUGGGGGCCGUCGUUACACAAUUGGUUUUCUUCAAGGGAUCGAAAUACUCAACAGAGACAGGAUUGACCUUAAUGGGGGUGAUGAUCCUAUGCUGCACCCUGGCAAUUGCUUCGAUUUAUUUUCCACAGUGGGGUGGGAUGUUGUGCGGGCCUUCGUCCAGAGGUGUCACAGAAGAAGAUUAUUACACCUCCGAAUGGACUUCCAAAGAAAUAGACAAGGGUUUCCACAGGGGUAGCCUCAAAUUCUCGGAAAACUGCACAAUGGAAAGAGGAGCCAGCAGGGUUAAUAAUGGAUCAUCAUCAUCAUCGGCCACCAAAGGGAUCAUUCGCAGUCCCAGUACACAUGUCUGAAUCAUCAUCAUCGUCAUCGUCCACAUCCUCCCAACCUCCUUUGAUUUGUGUAGCUAAUUAUUAAUACUUCACCAAUUAAUUAAUUGCAUGUAGAUGUAGUAUAUGAUGAUAAAUAGCGUUGUGGGAAUAACAUAAAGGAAGGCUGUGUAAAGUUGCAGCAGAUC